UAAAUUUAAAUUUUUCCUAGAUAAAAUGAAAUUACCUCGUGCUGUUUAUCAACAAUUCCAAGCUCUUGUUACAAGAGGAAAAUUCCCCGCAUCGGUUGAAACCUUGACCAGAGCUGACCUACCCAGCUGUUCAACUGUGCGUGCGCAGCCUGGAGAUUGUGAUCUUCUAGUUAAAGUCCAGUAUUCAACUCUCAACUAUAAAGAUGCCAUGGUCGUCACAGGAAAGUAUCCUGGCUUGAAGCCUCCUAUGGUGGGCGGAAUAGAUCUAGUUGGCUCUGUACUUGAAACUAAAUCUUCAAAUUUAAAGGUUGGACAGAAUGUAGUUGUGAAUGGUUGGGGUAUUGGUACUGAUCAUUACGGUGGAUAUGCAGGAGAAGCCAGGCUUAGAUCAGAGUGGGCUAUUCCUUUACCCUCAGUCUUAACCGCUGAGAGUGCUGCUAAAAUUGGUACUGCAGGGUACACCGCUAUGCUUUGUGUACAGGGGUUGGAGAACCAAGGUUUAAGUCCUGGAGAUGGUCCUAUUCUAGUGACUGGGGCUACUGGAGGUGUUGGUUCAGUAUCAGUCCUACUCCUCUCCCAGCUUGGAUAUGAGGUUAUAGCUGUGUCUGGUAAAGCAAAGGCUGAGGGAGAUUAUCUUAAAUCUAUCGGUGCAUCACAGGUUCUUGAAAGAUCAGAGUUUGAGGUUGAUCCUAAACCUCUUGGCAAGGAAAGGUUUGCUGGAUGUGUUGACAGCUGCGGAGGAAAGAUAUUAGCAAAUGUUCUCACUCUAACAAAGAGUGGAGGAGCAGUUUCUGCGUGUGGAUUGGCUGGUGGAAUGCCCCUUAAUACAACAGUUGCCCCUUUUAUUCUUCGAGGAGUUACAUUAGUUGGAAUUGAAUCUGUGUUCCUGAAGACAGAAAAAAGAUUGGCAGCUUAUGAAAGGUUUAGUCCGCUACUGACUUCUGAUAAGCUUGCUCUUGUAUCAGGAGAAGGGCAGACAGUUGGUUUGGCCGCUCUUCCUGAGCUUGGAAUGCAAAUGCUGAAGAAGACGCUGCACUGAUUUAGAGGGAAUUCAUUCAAAACAAUUUAUCUUCAGCUCUGGAAAAUGGGGAUCUGAAAUUGUAUUACUAGCAAAAUACAGGGUGUCCCAAAAAACAUGGGAAUUCAGUGUCGAAUUGGAUUUCGUCUAUGUUAUGAAUCAGCAUUGUAAUUCCUAAUUUCAAAAGCCAUAAUAUUAUUAUGUCUGCUAGAGUUUAUUUUAUGAAAACG